UAAGAAUAAGUGGUGACGUAUUCGAUUGACGGUCAGACAAGACAUAGGACCCUUCCAGCGAAGAUGGCUUCUAACAGUGGGAAGUCCGUUUUAUUCGUGUGUUUGGGGAACAUCUGCCGGUCCCCAAUAGCUGAAGCUGUCUUCAGGAAAAUGGCAACGGAUAGAGGUGUUGUAGGUAAUUGGAGGAUAGACAGUGCAGCAACAUCCACAUAUGAGAUAGGAAACCCACCUGACUAUCGAGGACAGUCCUGUAUGAGGAAGCAUGGCAUAUCCAUGAGUCAUGUUGCCAGACAGGUUACGAAGGACGAUUUUACAACUUUUGAUCACAUUCUUUGCAUGGAUGAAAGCAAUUUAAGGGAUCUCAACAGGAAGGCUAACCAAGUGAAAAACUCCAGUGCUAAAAUUGAACUUCUUGGGACUUAUGACCCCGAAAAGCAGCUGAUUAUUAAAGACCCCUAUUAUGGGAACGACGAAGACUUUGAAACAGUUUAUGAGCAAUGUCUUAGAUGCUGCAAAGCAUUUUUGGAAGAAUAUUCUUGAUGCUUCUAUAUUUUUGUCAACUUCAGUAUUUGUCAGAAUAAGUAAAAAAAAUGACAAUGUUUAUGUUCUUGUAAUCACUCAGUAUCCUUUUUUCUUGUUAAACAUCAGAUUAAUAGCAUCAUCUGACAAUUGCCCACCUAAAUUCAUGUCCUUUAUAAUGUGCAUUCUGUUACUUAUUUAGUUUAAAAUCAACUAAUUGGCAGUUUUAGAAAAUUACAAACAAAAAUUGUUCUCAGUAAAUGUAAUUAAGACAAAUAAUUACUUUGAAACAAAAUAUUAUUGUACAUGUGCAGCUGUGUAAAAUUAUGAAUACCGCUGUCUAUAAAAGAAUUCCUUUGAAAUAC